AUGAGUUUUGGCUGGGGCUUGGCUCUGUUUUGCUAUUUAAGUCUCUGGGACUUAGCCAGGACCUCUAAUGUUCUCUACCUGGAGAAGCCGAAUUCAACCACCAGACCUGGAUUCCCCAGACCCAUGAACACCAAUGACCCCGGAGUUCGCAGAGCCGCUCGCUUUGGGGUUUAUCGCUAUAACAACAGCUCAAACGACAUUUUUCUAUUCAAAGAGUCUCGUAUAACCAAAGCAAUGGUGCAGGUUGUCAGAGGGCUGAAAUACAUGCUCAAUGUGGAAAUUGGCCGGACGGUGUGUGACAAGAGGGGACACUCCAACUUGGACAGCUGCGACUUUCAGAAGAAGAAAAAGCUGGAACAAAUGUUCAGAUGCUAUUUUGAGGUCUGGACUGUCCCCUGGCUACAGCGAGUCCACGUGCUGCUUGCUCUCUGUCACUGA